AUGGUUUGGGUCGAUCAACCCAAAGGGACGCCAAUUGAUUUACCUACCAAAUUCGACACAUAUCCUGUAUAUGUGAACUAUGGACGCGUUGAGUUUGCUCAUCGCAAAUAUCAUGAAACUCUUAAGCCAGGUAUUAGUAUUGGUGAUACAAGUGCAUGCACAUUAGGGGCACUGUUUAGAAAAAGUGAUGAAUCGGAAAAAAGCUUUAUACUUACAGUACAACAUGGAGUUAAAAAAUUUAAAAAUGCAGUAAUUCAGCCAAGAAGCGCUGAUGCUAAUAAAGUCACCAAGUAUUGUCACUAUGGUAUUUAUGAAGACAAUGGAAAUGAAAUUUUGCUUGACUAUGCUUUUUGUGAAAUUAUUGAUGAUCGCAGGUCUAUUAGCAACAUUCCACUUGGUUGUAACUUUCCAAUUAAUAAUAUCAAGCAUUCGGUAAGUAGCGACGAAGAUACUAAGCAUGAGAUUUUGAAGGUUGGUAGGGCAUCAUAUCUUACUGAAGGGGAAAUACGGGAUGUUUGA